AUGGGCUUCCAUCGGUACAACACAUCAUUUACGCUCGACCCUCGGAUCGCAAUUGACGAGGCAGGUAAGAAAGAUGCUGUUUCUCGUGGCAUUGGCAAUCAGGUUACCGUAGAGUUUAACCUGCUGUAUCGAUUCAACUGUGCGAUCUCUGAGAAGGAUGAACAGUACACCGAAGACUACAUGAGACAAGCCUACGGUGCAUACUUUCCAACCGGAUGGGAUCCGAGGACCAUGACUUUGCCACAGUUUUACUAA